GACAUAUCAGACAUACUGUUCGUAAAAUGGAUUAACAAAAUUAUUCUUCUUGUAAAGUGUGUUCACAGAAUUAGAAAAUAUGCUAAACCUUCCUUCACAAGACUAUAUAACACUUUUCUGUCUGCUCUCUACCAGGUUGGAGUAAUGAAAUUGGUAGCUUAGGUUUUUAUUUUCUUCCGAUGUAAUUGAGAGUUGAUAAUGCGCACUUCUAUUGUAUAUGGAACAGUUGAACUCAACAUAUUUUGAAGAUCUUCUUUGGAAGGACAUAAUGCUUCAACCACUCUAAAUUGAUGUCUUUUAUGCAGUCACCUUUGCCAAUGAUGGCCAACCCAGUAGAUUCUUUGGAAGCUCGAAAGAAAGAUAUUUUAGCUCUUCUAAGGGAUGAUAACGUCAAAACAGUUGUCCUUUUCGGAGAAAUGGGAGUAGGGAAAACAUGGAUGGCAAGAGAGGUAACAGCCAUACUCAAGGGUUCAUCCUAUGGAACUCUUUGGAUGGUUCUGGGAAAAAAGUAUGAGGAAAGAACUUUUCUUGAGAAUAGUGCCUUUCAGCUGUCUGUUUUUCCUUCUAAUGAGGAAUGGGAGGAAGAUGAUAAAAAUGCUGACAUGGAGCAGCAGGAGGGAAAAGUGGACAUGAAAAGUCUGAAACAGAGGAUCCUUAAUAAGCUUAAAUUGAUGAAACCUGCAAAACUUGAAGAAGCAGAAGCAGCGAAAUCAGAAGGGAAGAAAUCUGGAAAGCCUGAACAGAAAGCAAUGGCGAAGGUUGAUCAGAAGGAUUCCAGAAAAGGGCCUUAUCUUCUUAUUGUUCUGGAUGAUAUUGCUGAUGAGGACCAAGAGAAAGUUGUCACUGCUUUAAAUGGCCUGCUUCAUGAGCACCUUCUUAAGGUUUUGAUCACGAGAAGGGGCAGUGACAUAGGUGCUGGCUCCGAAGGAAUCAGUGAUACAAUUGAGACAGAAGGUGGGAAAUAUACCAUAUAUAAAAUCAAACCCCUCUGUAAUGCUGACUCAUUGAACUUAUUGAAGAGCAGGGUCAAGGUAGAACUUUCUAGGGAAGGGUUCAGAAGACUGUCUGAUGCUAUUGGUAGUAGUAGCUCAGGUCGUCCUGGGGUGAUUAUCAUGAUUGCAGAAGCCUUGAAUCAUGUUGAGGACUUGAAACUGGACAAUGCAAUUGAAGAAGCUGCCUCUGUUGUCGAAUCUACUGAUAUCGCAAGGUUAUUGCAGUACUUGGAUGAUAUGUUGCCAAGCACCCUCAGCAAGUGUUGCAGGCAUUGCAGGUACUUGUUUAGAUACUUGUUUCCUGAACGUAGUGGUAUCCACUACAAUGGGCUGAUAACUCACUGGUUAGUGGAAGGAUACUUUGACAACCAUGAUCAUAUUGAGAAGGCUUAUGAGGAAGCACAUUGUACUCUGAUGGAGCUCAGAGAUCGUGGUUUUCUAAUAGAAAAGGAGAAUAGUUAUGUUCAUAUGGAAAGUGAUGCUUUGGAUUUCCCUGAUCACCAGCGCUAUGGACUUAGCCAUUCUUUGGGCCUUGGCUUGGCUACUGUGCUGAAGGACAAAAAGUGGGCUGGUCUUGGAAGGGGUGUACUGACAGAUGGGAUGAUCAAGACUAAUCAUGGAGAAGGGAUGAUGUCCAUGCUCCUUGUUGAUGGUGCUCAUCUUUGCAGGGAAGUCCCUGAAACAUUCUUCACCCAAAAGUUCAAACAAAUUCCCUCACCACUGUCUGAGUCGAAGGAGCUUCAAGUGCUUGUUCUGCGGGGAUGUACUCUGUUGGAGAAAGUAGGUGAUAUCCAUGAACUUACAAAGUUACUAGUUCUUGAGAUAUCUGGGGCGGGUUUGACAAAGGAGAUCCAAGACGAUCUUUUCAAGCGGAUGGAAGAACUUACGUCUCUUAACCUAUCUGAAGUUGGCAUCGAGCCAAUUCCUUCUUCUGUCCUUAAUCGGACUACGCUCCGUUGGCUCAUCCUUAGAAAGUGCCCAAAUUUGGACCAAUUGUCUGGUCUGAGAUCUUUGAAAAAUCUGGAAGUGCUUGAUGUCUCUGGUUCAGUCUCUUUUAAGAGAAUCGUGGACAAGAACCUUUCUGCUCUUAAAAAGAUACAAACUCUUGACCUUUCUCAAACAAAGAAUGACCACUUGCCCUUUCUUCUAAAUUUAGGAGAUCUAACCCGACUCCUAUUAAGUGACUGUCCUUUACUCUCAAGGCUGCCAUCCCUCAAACCUGUGAGUCAUCUUGAGAUUCUUGAUCUUUCAAGCAACAUCCUUGAAGAAACACAAGAUGAUUCUUUGGAAACUAAACGUAACCUCAGAAUUCUCGAUCUCUCUGGUAGUGCUAUAAAUAAGCUACCUGCCAACAUCAGCAACCCAUCACAUCUUUUAUUAAGCAGUUGUGUUGAUCUCAAAAGUUUGCCACCCACACAGGACCUCAAUCGCCUUGAGCAACUUGACCUAUCAAAUUCUAAAAUAAAAUCUCUCCCAUCAUUUCCCGACCAUUCUGAACUUCGUUUGCUAUUGCUACGGAAUUGUAAAUUCCUUACUAAAGUGCCGAACUUAAGUGAACUUAAGAAGCUGGAAGCUCUUGAUCUUUCAGGAUGUAGUGAGUUGGUGCUAGGAUGGGAUGUAUCCUUUAAGCACAUGUCUCACCUCACAACGCUGAAUCUCUCAGACACUAAAGUUGAAAGCCUUCCCUCAGAUUGCUUUCCUAGCAGCCUUCGCCGCCUAAUUAUGAGAAAUUGCACCAACUUGAAAGACCUUCCUUCCCUGGAAGCUCUGUCAAACCUAGAGGAACUUGACCUUUGUGGUACAAAAUUUUUUAGCAAUAUAGGUGUUGAAUUUCUUCAACAUACGAGUAAACUCAGGGUUCUCAACCUCUCCGAAAUAAAAUUUGAAGAAUUUCCGUCUGUGUCACACCUCACGAAUCUGAGGGAACUCUCACUGAGAGGUGGUGGUUCUUGUAAAGUGUCAGAUCUGGAGGCACUUAAAGAACUCGAGGUGCUGGAUCUAUCAGAGACAGAAGUUGAGUCUUUACAAUCCCUUCAGACUUUUUGCAACCUCCGACAGUUGUUGCUAAAGAACUGUGCUGAUUUAGACGACUUGAAAUUUUUGGUGUCACUUAGCAAAUUGGAGGUCCUAGAUCUUUCUGGAACAAAUAUAAAAGACUAUCCAUAUGAGAUCUCGGACCUGAGAAGUCUUAGGAAGCUUGAUCUGAAGGUUAGGAAGCAUGCUGAAGAGAUUGAUUGGGAGAAGAUAAAGUAUAUACCCGACCACUUCAACUUGAAAUGUGACGGAUCCAUGAGUCCUGAAAAAUCUAAUUCUAAUAGUGUGGUCUGGCCUUCCAUAUCAAUCUGCAGUACCCAAUUUCUCCAGUUCUUGGAGGAAAACUCAAAACUGUGGGGGACAUGCUUCCAAAAGUUCCAUUGCUCUAUUUGGCUUCCAAAAGAGCUUCCACAGGAGAAAGACACAAGGACGUUCUAUGGCCUUGGUGACAAUGGCUUAUUGAGGGAUAUCGACUCCCAAGGAAGAAUACCUCGUCAUAAAGAGCUAUCGGGGUUUCUAGAGAUUCAUGGAUCCUAUGUCAAUUCAAAUCUGCCUAAAGGUGUUCUCAAGCAUGCUGAUCACAUAUCGCUGAUUGACAAUAGCUCUAUUAGCCACUUAUCUGGGCUUGGUGAAGAGUUUUUCGAAUCAAUAAAGAGCUUUUGGCUUGAGAGGUGCACGGAGAUCCAUAGUAUAGUAGAUGUAGAAGAAGAGGUCAGAGUUUUGGGAAAUCUUACCUCUCUUUAUCUGUGUAAUCUCUUUUCCUUACAUUCCGUAUGUGGUGAUAACUUUCAGUCUGAAACAGAGGUCUUCUCAGAUCUUAACAAGCUAUACAUAGAGUACUGCCCAAUGCUUGCCAACAUUUUCCAACUGUUGAAGCUGCCAGAGCUGGAGACCCUCCAGAUCAAAUUUUGUGAUGAAAUGAAAGAGCUAUUUACUCAUGCGCCUGCAGAGUGUAAAUUGCAGACCUUGGAUCUUAUGGAAUUACCAAAGCUGGAGAGAAUUGGUGUUAAUAUGGCCUCAUUGCUAGUAUUGAAAGUGAGAUGGUGUCCAAAUCUUAUGAGUUUAGAAGAAACUCUUGGAGAAGCCAAAAAUCUAGAGGUUCUCUAUAUUUCUGGUGCGACUAAGCUGGAGACUACUUGCAGCCAGAUAAUGAAGCCUGAGAGCUUCAAGAAUCUGAAGCAGCUUAAAGUCGAAUCCUGUCCCAAUCUCAAAGAGCUAUUUAAACCUCAUGCGCCUGCAGAGCGUACAUUGCAGACCUUGGAUCUUGUGGAAUUACCAAAGCUGGAGGGAAUUGGCGUUACAAUGGCCUCCUUGCGAGUUCUGAAAGUGAGACAGUGUCCCAAUCUCAAGAGUUUAGAAGAAACUCUCGGAGAAGCCGAAAAUAUAGAGGUUCUCGUUAUUUCCGGUGCUGCUAAGCUGGAGACUAUAUGCAGUCAGAAAAUGAAGCCUGAGAGCUUCAAGAAUUUGAAACAGGUUAAAAUCAAAUCUUGUCCCAAGCUCAAAGAAGUUUCUUCCUCAUCUAAUUUACCGCCAAACCUGGAGAUUCUUGAGGUAAAAUCAUGUGAUAGCUUGAAAACUAUAUUUGGAGGCAGCUCUGCAGCAGGUUCUUCAUUGUCAAGUCUACAACUGUGCAACGUACCUGAGCUAAAAUGCACUGGGUUCAAAGUGCCACGGCAAUCUCAUGUCGUUAACGUUAACUGCCGGAAGCUGCGUAUAGAGUGGUCCAGUUGAGUGAAAAACAAUUCUGUCAUCCACUGGGGAUGAUCCGUUAAAUGCAUGAAGACCCCAUGAGAAAUGCCCGGUGGCUUUUUUCUUGUGUACUAUUCAUUGUGCAUAUGAACCUAAAGAAAAGCACUUGGGCUUUCUGGCUGCAACGACUAAUUGUGCUCGCCCUUUUUCAUCUUAGUUUGAGGGCUGUGGUGCAGCAUGCUAGCUGGAUGCCCAGUACCACUAGAAUCUGUUAUGGAACGGUGUCUGUCAAUUUAAGUCUGUAUUUUCAUGUGUGAUCUUGUGUUGCGUUUUAUAUGGACUUGUUCUGUGAUCCAUAUUUCCUGUAAUUCGAACUCAGCGUCAUUUGAUACUUGUGUGAUGGCUUUUGUGUCGUGCUUCCGACCGGCACUCACCAUUGUCGGUUUGUUGAAUGUUGAUGCUCUUAUCUUACGUUUCAGAGCUGUAUUACAGGUUUGCAAGCAUUAGGUCGUAGCUGGGUCUGUUAAAAACUGAAGUUGUUUCGAAUUUGCAGGUGAGUGGGGCGGAACAAAACUUUGUUACCACACUGGCUGGACAAAAAGACUACCAUCUGGGCGCCCGGAGAACUGGGAAAUGGAUACAUUAGACUUCAAGAGAGAAUUUCAUGAUCAUUGAAGUAUCACUUUAGUACACCGCAAAUAAAAUGUUGGU